UUAUUUUAUUUUUUCAGGGAAGAGUUGCGGAGCUGCGCGGCUGCGGACCACCAGAGCGCCGUCAUUGCUCUCCGGUGACAGCCGGCCUGUUUUUACACCUCCAUUCUAAAUAAGGAAGCGGCCUGACAGACACAUGACCGGCCGCCCGGCCCAAUUUGGGAGCCGCAGCGCCCCACCACGACCCAGGCCGCUGACCGCCGCCAAUCUGGCGCAGACUGCCGCCAUGUCAGCCCGGGAUGCCGGAGCCCGGCCCGGGUAGAACCAGAACCAGGGCUGCUCGGUAAUUCGACAGGCGGCCCGGAGGAUCAGCGGAACCAGAACCGAGCCGCAGACCGUCGGAGCGAGAGAGAAGGGAAGAGAGAGAGAGAGAGCGGGGCGCAGAGGAGCUGCGAACCAUGGUAAUCACCAGCGGCGGCAGCAGCAGCAGCAUCUCCAUCAGCUCCAGCGCGCCCUCCGCCGUCUCCUCUCCUCCCGACCCCCGGGGCUCCGGAGCCCCGCUCUGCCGCUCGCCAGCCAGCCGCCGCCGCCAUGCCGCAGCAGAGACACGGGGCGCGCUAUUUUUAGGUUCAUUAAUUUGGAGCACGUGGCCCCGAGGAGAACCGGAUGUCCGCUGCGCUAAGGUUCCUCGGCAGAAUGUCCUGCUGGACGCCGACCGCGGCGCUGCUCCUGGGCGUCCUGCUGGGAGCCGCGGCGGGGGCACCAGCGCCGGACGCGGCUCCGCUGGACCGGCGCUGGGAGACGCUGUUCUCCCGCUCCGUGCUGGGGGUCUCCGGGGAGAAACCGGAGCUCAGUUGGGAGACUGACUACCUGCUGGGCAUCCAGCGAGUCCGGAGGCUCUACUGCAACGUGGGGAUCGGGUUCCACCUGCAGGUCCUCCCCGACGGCGGCAUCAGCGGGGCGCACAGCGAGGACCCGUACAGUCUGAUCCAAAUCUCCACGGUGGAGCGCGGCGUGGUCAGCCUGUUCGGGCUGCGCAGCGAGCGCUUCGUGGCCAUGAACAGCCGCGGCAGGCUGUACGGGACGACCGUCUUCCAUGAUGAGUGCAAGUUCAGGGAGAGUCUUCUGGCCAACAACUACAACGCCUACGAGUCUGCGGCGCACCGCGGCUGCUUCAUAGCGCUGAGCAAACAUGGCCGUGUGAAGAGGGGCAACAGGGCCACCACCGCCAUGACAGUCACCCACUUCUUACCCCGGAUAUGAGGCAGAAAGUGGCAAUAACACAUGGAUUAUUAUUAUCCCAGGUGAGAAACACCUGGACAGGCCUGAAAACCUGGACUGGACUGCAGCAGGAGGAGCGGGUUGAGGAGCACCUUCAUCAUGAGGAAGAGGAGGGAGAGGACU